AGAGUAGCCGGCACCCAGCACCGGCAACAUGUGGGCUCUCCUGAUGCUGUGGCCCCUAGCACUGGGGUUCAGCCUGGAUGACACUCAGACCCCCAUUAUCUACGACGACGAUGGGGGCAGCACGGAGAGAGGUGAUGAUAGCACGCCGGGGCCCCACCCGCGCAGCUUCCCUGGCCAGCCCUGUGCCAAUGACAGCAACACUCUGGAGGUCCCGGGCAGCUCUCGGGCACUGCUGCUAGGCUGGGUGCCCACGAGACUGGUGCCCGCGCUCUACGGGCUGGCCCUGGCAGUGGGGCUGCCCGCCAAUGGCCUGGCGCUGUGGGUGCUGGCCACACGGGUGCCACAACUGCCAUCCACGGUGCUGCUGAUGAACUUGGCGGUGGCUGACCUGCUGCUGGCCCUGGCGCUGCCGCCACGCAUCACCUACCACCUGCGGGGCCAGCGCUGGCCCUUCGGCGAGGCCGCCUGCCGCCUGGACACGGCCGCGCUCUAUGGUCACAUGUACGGCUCCGUGCUGCUACUGGCCGCCAUCAGCCUGGACCGCUACCUGGCCGUGGUGCACCCGCUGCGGGCCCGCACCCUGCGAGGCCAGCGCCUGGCCAUCGGGCUCUGUGUCACAGCCUGGCUGGCGGCAGCCGCCCUGGCGCUGCCCCUGGCGCUGCAGCAGCAGACCUUCCGGCUGUCGCGUUCGGACCACGUGCUCUGCCACGACGUGCUGCCCGUCGGUGCCCAGGCCUCCUACUGGCGGCCCGCCUUCCUCUGCCUGGCGGUGCUCGGCUGCUUCCUGCCGCUGCUGGCCAUGCUGCUGAGUUACGGGGCCACCCUGCGCACGCUGGCGGCUGGCGGCCGGCGUUACAGCCACGCGCUGAGGCUGACCGCGCUGGUGCUGACCUCGGCCGUGGCCCUCUUUGCGCCCAGCAACGUGCUGCUGCUCCUGCACUACUCAAACCCGGACCCUGAUGCCUGGGGGGACCUGUACGCCGCCUACCUGCCCAGCCUGGCGCUCAGCACCCUCAACAGCUGUGUAGACCCCUUCAUCUACUACUACGUGUCGGCCGAGUUCAGGAGCAAGGUGCAGGAAGUGAUGCUUCGCCGGGCGCCCGGUACCGCAACAGCCUCCAGGGAGGGGUGCAGCCCGGCGACCUGCACCCGGUCCUCCUCGUUUGUGUGACAGCCCCUCCACAGGCCGGACAAACAGGAAGGGGGUUGCACUGGGUUGAAUAGGGUCCCCUCCCAAUUCAUGUCCACCGAGAACCUCCAAAAGUAAGCUUAUUUGGAAAUAAGGUCAUUGCAGGUGUAAUUAGUUAGGAUGAGGUCACACUAGAGUAGGGCGGGCCCAAAAUCCCAUGUGACUGGUGUCCUUACAAGAAGAGGACACAGAGACACACAGGGAAGCCCAUGUGACCACGGAGGCAGAGAUGGGGUGAUAUGGCCACAAGCCAAGGGAUGCCACAGACUGCUGGCAGCCACCAGAAGAAGCCAGGAGACCAGCCUGGGACAGAUGCUCCCUCAGAGCCCCCAAAAGGAGCCAACCCUGCCCACCUUUAUCUCAGACUUCUGGCCUCCAGAACUGUCAGAGAAUAAAUUUCUGUUGUUU